AUGGAUCCUUCUACCGCGGCUGGACACCGUGCUGUGAUCCAGGUAGGAACUCCAUUCGGUAUUUCAAAGGACUUGUUUGGUCGAGACCCAAGUGCCGUUUCACCGCAUAGUAGACGCACAAACUCUGUGAAGGUGCCUGAAAACGCACAAGGGUCCUGUCACUUCCGAGGGAAUGGACCAACUUCAGCAUCGACUGGACUUCGUCAGCGCGUAUGCGCCGUGCAACUUAAGCGGAAUCAAGCAAGCAUGUUCGCACUCAUCAAGAUCACACGGCAGGGACAGGACCUCGUGCCAGCUUCAGACAAGUGA